AAUCUGCUAAAAGUCAUGUAGGCAAUGCUAAUAUGCUUAGCAUCAGGUGAAUAGCUUAUAUUCAUUCAUGGUUGCUUAUACUAAUGUUAUUUAUGUACAUUUUAUUGAAGGACAGUGAGAAAAUGAGGGAUCCAGAAAAGUCCUCCAGCACUGAAGCUGAAGAGACUAAAGAAUGAACAGACUUUUUUGAAGAGAAUGAGGAGAAUGAAGAUGAUGAACUUGUUAAAGCUGAGAAAAUCUCUCAUCUACUGACUGAAGGUAUUUUUAAUAAUGAACAGAGGAAACAAGAAAUGUCUCACCUGCACUGAGUGUGAAAAGAGUUUGAGAUGCAAACCAAGUUUGCAUUUUCACAUGAGGAUUCACACUGGAGAAAAACAGUUCACAUGUACUCAGUGUGGGAAGAGUUUUGCACAAUCAGCAAACCUUAAAAUACACAUGCGGAUUCACACUGGAGAGAAACCAUACACAUGUACUCCGUGUGAGAAGAGUUUUAGUCGAUCAGAGUACCUUAAAUCACACCUGCAGAUCCACAUCGGACACAAAACACACAGAUGUGAACAAUGCGGCAAAACAUUUAUGAGGGUUUCAGAGCUGAAGAAUCAUCUUAGAGUUCACACUAAAGAGAAACCGUAUUCAUGCUCUGAGUGUGGAAAGAGUUUUGCACAGCUGGCACAUUUAAGACGUCAUCAGAAGAUCCACACUGGUGUAAAAGAGUACAUGUGCUUUGAGUGUGAGAAGACUUUUAUUACAGCUGGAGAAUUGAAAAAGCACCAGAGGAUUCACACUGGGGAGAAGCCGUACACAUGUGAUCAGUGUCUGAAGAGUUUCACACAGUUGUCGCAUGUUAAGAGACACAUGAAAAUCCACACUGGAGAAAAGCAGCACACAUGACAUCAAUGCAGCAAAUCAUUUUCUCAUGUGUAACGGGUGUAACCAGAAAAUACUAUAGCGCUACAGACUGAAUCCACGUUUACACUAAUAAAUUUUCGUUUUAAAACGCAUACGUUUUGCUACAGUUAUGCCAUCCAUCACAAACUACGCCGAAAACUUUCGAGCGCCAAAAACUGAGGUUUUUUUGAAGCUUUUUUUUCUAAAACGCUGCUGCUGCUCUGUGUCAGUGUGGAUGUUGGGGGGAAACUAAAUGUUGGGGGUUAAAUGUAAACUGAGACAUCUGAAAACGGCAUGGCUGCAGACAUUCACCUAUCUGAUUGGGGCUUUUCCCUCAAUGUUAAGUAGCCCACACACAGUUCAGUCCUGCAUCCUGUCCGUGUAAGUUCAGACUUUUGUGCUGGAUCGCCUUUAUUUAAUUACCCUAAUUAAACAAAGAUAAACCAGGAUCCUCUCUUCGCGAUAUUUCUUAGCUAGAGUUUAGUUAAAGGAUCGUCUUUAUGUUUUUGCAAUCAGAAUAAAUUACAUUUAUACUUCACCACACAGGGUAACUCUGAUGGUUUCUGGAAAAUGAAGUCAGUGUCCACUCCAGUGAAGAUAAGUAAUAAAAUAUACUUUUAUUAAUAAAAUAAAAUCCAGUGAAAAAGUAGAAUAAACAAAAGACAAAUAACAGAACUAAAAUCCUUUACUUUAUCCUCCGUUGAGAAUAAAGGGCCUAAGACAUUCAAUAUACAGUAGUCAGAAAGCGCAAAGCUGCUUUGUACAUUUCAGCUUUUAAUACUCAUCAUUCAUAGAUAACGAUUGACUCUGGGACCGUGUUGGGAGACAGGGUUCAUAAACAAUGUUCAGAAACAGAGCAUAGAUCAAUCAUAAACACAGGUGCACAUCUUAAUUAAAUCCCACAUUCACAGAGCAUGCUUUAUCAUUUGAACAGUGGGAAAAUCCCUCGGGAAGACAGAUACACAGUCAUCCGAGUAUAAGUCAAUUAUAUGGCAGUUUUAUUAUCAGCCUUCAUAGAUAGUGUGCCUACACAUUCAUGCACUGAGAGUUAUGUGCUUAAACUGAGCAGCGAGGUCAGUUAGAGUUCCUUCAGUUGGUUUGUUGGUCCUGCGCGCCCUCUUGCGGAGGCCCCUCUCCUUUCUCUUAUGCUUGGUUUCAUCAAGAGUUGUGCUUUUACGCAUCGGGAUAUCCGAAUACAUCAUUGAUUUUUUGUGUCUCCUAUGAUCAAUGUCAUAAGACCAAUAAGGCACCACACUUUGCAAGUUUGAUAUAGAAAACAAACUCCCGAGGACGCAUCGGGUAAAUCUUCAAAGUGAACAGUGUGCUGUAUAACCUCAUUCACAUCACCCUGACUACGCUGUUUCACUUUCUUAACAAUAAAUGAAAACAUGAUAUGAGGAACUGCCUAUUCUCAUUUUGAUAUUAACUUAACAGACACCAAAAAUGUUGAGGUGUCGUAUAGCUGCAUAUUAAUAUACAGAGCCUAUAACAUUACUGUCUGCUUUAAAUUUCAGUGAAUACGAAACACCCUCUCUAUUGCUGAAUAUCAGUUUUAAUAGUCAAUAAUGGCCAUUAUAAAAGUGUAACGUACGAGUUUACACAUUAUAGGAAAUAAAGGCAAGCGAUCAGUCAAAUGUGCAGAAUCAGUGUACGCGGUUACAUUAUUAACUUAUCUUUCCGCUCAGCCGAAACACAUUACCUGAGAACAAUAAUAGAUUCAAAAGACCAAAGUCUGGGAAUAUGCCAUUAGAUAUAGACAACAUGAUGAAUUUAAAUAUCACAUUUAACUAAUAUAGUGAGAUUAGAUCCAGCGGUAGAUCCUUGAUGAACAGUCCAACAUGUGCAGCUCUCAUCAGGGUAGAUGUGCUCAGAGCACGCUGCAGUGCAUGCCAGAGUGUGUGUGCGGUCACGUGAUGUGGGUUUUCAGCGGUGUAAUGGAGACGGAGAGUUGUUCAGAAACGCUGGGUGAAACGCUAGUGUGGAUGUGGAUCAUUUUCAUUCUAAAACGUCGUUUUAAAACUAAAACGUAUUAGUGUAAACGGGCCUGAGUGUAGAAAGCCUAUCCAUUUCUGAUG